CUAAUCCAAACAUGCUCAAAAUAAAAUGAGGCCACAAUGUGCUAUUUUACCGUUCACAAAUCAGAUGGGUCAAACAAGGAAAACAAAAAUCAAAUUGGGAGGUUCCAAACGGCGGCAUGGAAGUGAACGGGGACGACGGCGAACCGACGGCGAAAUCUUCAGCUGAAGAAGAAAUGACUACAUUUUCUCGCCACAACUUCGGAAAUUCUGAAAACACCGACGACGGCUUCUCCGUCACCAUCAUCGAGAACAUGAAAGAAGAGUACGGUUUAUUCGUAUGGCCUUGCAGUAUUAUUCUAGCCGAGUACAUUUGGCAACAAAAAUCACGCUUUACUGGCGCUUCUGUGGUUGAGCUUGGGGCAGGGACCUCGUUGCCUGGGCUGGUUGCUGCAAAAGUGGGUGCAGAUGUAACUCUCACCGAUGAUUCAAGCAGAGUGGAGGUGCUCACUCAUAUGAGAAGACAAUGCGACUUAAAUGAUAUCAAGUGCAAGAUACGUGGACUUACAUGGGGUGUGUGGGAUGCACAAACCUUCUCUCUGUGCCCAAACAUUAUCCUUGGAGCUGAUGUCCUAUAUGACAGUUGUGCCUUUGAUGAUCUCUUUGCAACUGUGACAUUUUUACUCCAGAAUUGCCCGUCAUCCGUCUUUAUUACUACAUAUCAUAACAGAAGUGGGCAUCACCUAAUUGGAUUCUUGAUGGUGAAAUGGGGCCUGAAGUGUGUUAAGCUUCUUGAUGGGUUCUCAUUCAUGCCAUCACACAAGACGUCUAGUUUGAGUGGUAACAUUCAAUUGGCUGAGAUUAUUUUGGACACAGCAAACAGAGACGAUACAAAAUUGAUGUGACUGAACUCAAGUGUGAUGGUGCCAAAUACUAGGUCCUGCUUACAUAUUUUACUUCUUCCAUUGUAAGUGAUCUAAAAUUUGUCAACUAUAUAGCACUCUUUAGAAAUCUUUCCUGCAGUCUUUUUCUCGUUUUUAUUUUCUAAAGCAUUCCAUAGGUUGUAAUCGUUCAGGUUUCGAUGUAAAUAACUUGUGAUCAACUAAUCAUCACCUGCACAUCAAUAGAAGUGACCAGUGCAUUUGUGUCCUCUUUAUAUA